UCUAUUCCAUUUUUUAUUUUGCACGCGAACCGUUUUUCCUUGUGUUUUGUGUUUUGCAAGCGUCAUGCAUUAAUUUGAUGCUCGUUUGUUUACUUGCUCGAAUACCUCUGGAGGGCUGAGAAUUGCAUCAAAACUCGAAGUCAAUCAGCAUCCAAUGAUUGCGCAGAACGCGUCAAUAACUCUCCCUUAUCUCGGUAGUGUAAUCUCUCAGUGUUCAAUGUGUACAGCAAAACUAGCGCUUCGAUGACGACAACCUUUUAGCCGGUCAGCCUUCUCCCACGAGUCGCGGUCUACAGAAAGUGCUUCCUCCCGUUAUCGAAGAGUCAGCUGAUCAGAGAGUAGAGUUCUGUUGGUGCUUGUGUGUGUGUGUGUGUGUGUGGUAUCAACACGGACAAAUGACACACCAAUUGUUAUAUUCGCGGCGAAACAACAAAGUACAAAUUGAUUAACCUUAAUUAAGCGUGUGUGCAUCUCGUCGUCAUUCCCCAACUAGUCGAGCGCGCUCAAAAUAAAUCUACAUACACUUAAUGGAUACUGCAAGCAGUCUAGUGAUAUCGGAAAAGCAGAAACAGUUGCCGCGUCCCAAAUGUAAAGACGAAGGCAAGAAGAAGGUGAAAAAGAAGAAAGUUGAAAUAAGAGGUGAAGAAGCUAGCGAUGCGAUGCCUAAGGGUUCUGAAUCGAGUGGUACUUCGAUAGGUCGUCCGAUGACGGACGACGAUUUCGAACAUAUUUUUGAGGCAUCGAUGCGGGAUUUGGAGACGAUAAAAUCGGAUUCUGAUAGUGAUUUUGGCGACGAUCAUGGAUUGCCUGUUAAAAAGCCUAAAAACCCACCGACCAACACUCGGAAGAAAAGUGCCUGUUCUUCGAGUGAGAGUAGUGUAAGUGAUGUUGAAGAGGAUGUAUAUUCGUGGAUAGAAAAUUGUCCCAAAUCUCCUGUCAGUCCUAGACGACUGGAUCUUGUACCGUUUAUCCCACCUCAUGCCAUGGUGCUUCCAUUUGCUGUCCGGCGGAGGUUAUCAGAAUGCUUGGAAGAAGACGAAGAGGAAGAUAAACCACCAAACACAAACGGUACGAGGAAUGGCCAAAGCACCGUUAAAAACGGCAAUCAUAAACAUACCCAGGAGUCCAAUUCUGCGAGCGAAAAAUCGCCACCAAAAGAUGACGACUCAACAGCGGUUCGCAAAUCACGAUUCAUGGUUACCAAAGCACAAGAAACUCCUCGACUUCGACCAGAAUCGAUUAAUUUACGACCUUUGACAGCCGCACAGAACUCGCAGACCAUUCAGUUUCCCUGCAGUCAAUUUGCGUCUGGUGAAAAUCGAACAUCAUUAAAGAGCAUCUUCGCGCCUGAAUCAACAUUCCCCAAUCCUCACUUGGACAAACGAUUCUUCGAUACAUCACUGGUCGAAAUACGACCCGUUACUGCCAGUAUUUCGUCCCUCGUAGAUGCGGGCGUCUCGGAAGAACAGAACCGCAGCAGCAGCAGCAGUAGUGCGUCUGCCAGCGGUAAACAUCAACGGGCCCCAUUUGUGCUAAAUGAAGUGUGGGUCAAGCGAACAGACGCCGAGCUUCCACCAAAGAAAUCAGUCGGUGCGUCGGUGACGUCAUCCAAGGCGGCAACGUUACCAGUAUCAUCUUCAAAGACGGCGGCGGCGGCACCUCCAACGACAAGUAAAAACGUCUACAACGAUUCCGCCGAUGUCGACAGUCACUUUCAGCGUCCUUCAACGGCCCCGGCUGGGGGAUCCGAUUCGGCCCGGUCGUCUAAGCGACAGAAGAAAAGCGAAAGGGAAGCCAAAAAGCAGGAGAAAGAGCAGAAGAAAAUCGAACGGGAAACGGCCCGACGGUUGGAACGCGAGGCGGCAAAGCUGGAAAAGCUAAACCGCAAACACGAGAGUCUAUCUCGCAGCACGGAACGCGUGAGCGGCGGGCGGUCGGGUUCGUUGGAAAGGCGGCGAAGUGGUGACGAAGUGGCUCCUGUGCUAAAUCAGUCCACUGUGCACGGUAUUGCAAGUCCAAAUCGUCGUCCAACAAUAUUCGAUGUGUUCCGUACACGAAAAGGAUCGGAUUCCAAAAAGAAGAAAGAUGAUUCGAGUAAAUCAGGCUCCGACAAGGAUAGCAGCAGCGGAAGCGGUACGAUUACUGCAUCAUCCGGUGGCAUCAUGAAUAGCAUGAAGGCUGCCCUUCAUGUGGGAAGUCGACACAGCCAUCACACGGGAACCGGUGGUACCCAAACAGCAAGUGGCGAUACGAAAGUACGCGACGGAUCUGCACAUUUACAUGCUGGCAGUGACGCACAGUACUACCACACAGUGACGGCCGUACGGCGGGCUGACGCCGGCAAGUCUCCAAUGACAAAAGUGAUGGAUUUAUUUAGACAUCGUUCCAAUUCAGCAGUGUCUGAGGCCGACAAGCGGAAAGCGCGAGCUGCGGCACAGCAUCAACAGCAAUUAGCAGCCCAAACUGCUCAUAUGCGGCGAGCAUCGGCGGAGCUGGCAGAAAGACGUCGAGCAUCGUUAGGCGCUAGUCGGGGUUUACGACCGGACGGAACGUUAGAUCCUUAUCACGCAGCGAUACUGUUCCGGGAUUCACGAGGGUUGCCUGUUGCGGAUCCCUUCCUGGAGAAAGUUAGUUUAUCCGAUCUAGAAGAAGAUGAAUCGCAGAUCUUCGUGAAGUUCUUCCGAUUCCACAAGUGCUAUGACCUGGUGCCGACCUCGGCCAAACUAGUCGUAUUCGAUACUCAGCUACUCGUCAAGAAGGCAUUUUACGCGCUCGUCUAUAAUGGUGUCAGAGCGGCACCGCUGUGGGACUCGAAGCGGCAGGAAUUCAUCGGCAUGCUGACGAUCACGGACUUCAUUAAGAUUCUAAAGAUGUACUACAAAUCACCCAAUUCGUCGAUGGAUGAACUGGAGGAGCACAAGCUGGAGACCUGGAGAAGCGUCUUACAGGAAGAGGUUAAAAAGCUAGUUAGUAUCGGACCAGACGCAUCCCUCUACGAUGCCAUCAAAACGCUUAUACACAAUCGAAUCCACCGUUUGCCGGUGAUUGAACCACAAACUGGAAAUGUUUUGUAUAUACUAACCCACAAGAGAAUACUUCGAUUUCUGUUUCUAUAUAUUAACGAGCUACCGAAACCAUCGUACAUGCAGAAGACCCUACGGGAGGUUCGUAUUGGCAGUUACGAUAACAUCGAGAUCGCAACGGAGGACACCAGCAUCAUCACGGCGCUGUAUAAAUUUGUCGAUCGACGAGUGUCCGCUCUGCCGAUCGUGGAUGUCGAAGGUCGCCUGAAAGACAUCUACGCCAAGUUUGAUGUUAUUAAUUUGGCGGCGGAAAAAACCUACAACGAUUUGGACGUUUCGCUGAAAACUGCCAACGAACAUCGUAAUGCAUGGUUCGAAGGAGUCCAGAACUGCAAACUAGAUGAAACCUUGUACACGAUUAUGGAGCGAAUCGUACGGGCCGAAGUUCACAGAUUAGUUGUGGUAGACGACGAUGAAAAGGUGAUUGGUAUUAUCUCGCUCUCGGACAUUUUGUUAUAUCUUGUGCUACGGCCUACCGGGGAUGGUCUCGGAACCUCGGAAUCACUACGAGCGACCGAUUCAAAGCUGCACAAAUCCAUCAGCAAAUUAAAUCAAACGCAGCGGGAUAGCAAUGAAAGCAUCGAAGAAGAGAAGGAAUAUACAGCGGCGGAAGGUGGCGAGGCGGAGGAGGUCGAACCAAAUAUUAGCGUUGAGUAUAAGAUAGCUGUUAAGACUGAAACAACAGAGGAGAAUGAUGAGCCACUUGCCACUGAUGACAAACAAUCGAACGUCGAUGAUGCGGCUCCUGCACCGGAAACGCCUACAGAGCGAAGCUCCAAUGGCUCUCCCGUCCAGGAUGUGUUGAACGAAGAACAAAACGCCAUUCACGAUUCGCUAACAGGAAAUGUCCAAAGGGAAGUCGGAAUGGUUAGUGAAUAAUUAUCCUGCUCCCACGCCACAAUAGAUGAAAUAACUGGUCGUAGUGGAAAAUGUACCCAACAGGAACAAAAAAAAAUCCUGCUCCCUUCCAGCUUCCCUAAAUUCCCUACAGAGUUGAAUCAGUUGUUUUAAUCAUUUAUUUUGUGACGUUGAAUAACUUUCCGACAUUCGUAUAUUUGUUGUUUCAUCAAAGUGGAAGGAACUGAAAAGCAGCAUUCGAAACCACAUUUUCUCUGCACAAAUCGCGGUUUGUAAUAUGACGAACGUUUUAAUUAUUUAUAAGAAAAUUAAUAGUAAUAAAAAGCAGUCAAAAUUCAUUACGAAACAAGCACA